UUGGGUCGAACCCACACUUGUCACGAACAGGAGCACUCUUCCCGUUCCCACACGCCGCACUCUGUUCCCCGAUUGGUUCGCCGCCGCCGGCCCCGUCAACCUCCUCGAUUCCGGCCGCCGUCUCUCGGCACCCUCGAGCCGCGCAUGGACAUCGACUCCGAACCGCCCGCCGAGAGCAAGCCCACCCAGAUGGACCUCGAGGACCAGGCAAGCCGCCGCCGCCCGCCAACCUUUUCCUCGGGGAAUUCCCCCCUCCCUUUUUUCAGGGUUUUGUUUCUGAUUGUCUCUGGGCGUGCGCAGGCGGACGCCGAGGGUAUGGGGAAGGACGAGGAGCUCGCGGACUCCAUUGGGAGCCUAUCCAUCGCCCCGGGCCGCACCAACUUCAAGAAGAAGCCGGUGAUCGUCCUCGUCAUCGGCAUGGCCGGGACGGGGAAGACCACCUUCAUGCACCGUCUGGUGUGCCAUAUGCAGGCAUCGACGAACAUGAGGGGUUACGUGCUCAACCUUGACCCGGCGGUGAUGACGCUGCCAUUCGGGGCCAACAUUGAUAUCCGCGACACCGUGCGUUACAAGGAGGUGAUGAAAGAGUAUGGGCUCGGUCCCAAUGGUGGCAUUCUUACCUCACUCAACCUCUUCUCAACCAAGUUUGAUGAGGUUAUAUCUGUUAUUGAAAGCCGAGCAGACCAGCUGGAUUAUGUGCUGGUGGAUACCCCAGGGCAGAUUGAAAUCUUCACUUGGUCGGCUUCAGGAGCUAUCAUAACUGAGGCUUUUGCAUCAACAUUUCCAACAGUUGUUGCAUAUGUGGUUGACACCCCCAGGUCGACAAACCCUGUAACCUUUAUGAGCAACAUGAUGUAUGCGUGCAGUAUCCUCUACAAGACCCGUCUGCCUCUGGUGCUGACAUUUAGCAAGGUUGAUGUAGCCAAGCAUGAGUUUGCUCUUGAGUGGAUGCAAGACUUCGAAGCAUUUCAGGCAGCUUUGGAUUCCGACUCAUCAUACUCCUCUUCGUUUACCCGGAGUCUCUCUCUGGUGUUGGAUGAAUUCUACAAGAACCUACACUCUGUCGGAGUAUCCGCAGUAUCUGGCACUGGAGUUGAUGCAUUUUUCGAAGCUAUAGAAGCAAGCGCCAAAGAAUACAUGGAGACUUACAGGACUGAUCUUGACAAGAGGAUUGCUGAGAAGGAGAGACUAGAGGCUGAGCGCAGGAACGAGAACAUGGAAAGACUGAGGAGAGAUAUGGAGAAAUCCAAAGGACAAACUGUGGUGCUCAGCACUGGUUUGAGGGAUAGAAUUCCUGCCUCAGAAAUGAUGUGCAACGUGGAUGAGGAGGAAGAAGAGGAGGCGGUGGAGGAUUUUAGUUUUUCCGAGAUUGAUGACGAUGAUGAUGAAGAGGAAGACGAAGGAGAAGAUGCUGAAGUGACUCAUUUUGGCCUUUAAGGUUGAUGGGAUCGGACAGAAGAGGGCGCUGGCUUAUGGAGGACCCUGUCAGGUCCAGGUUAUUACGGUGGAAAUGAAAUGCUGUCGAUAUCACUCUGUAGCAGUGUCGCUGACCGUCUGACGCUAGUAGUAGCCUGUAAAUCAACUUGCACCACGUCGAACCCGCUGGAAUGAAUCAAUCCCAUUCCCAUCCCAGCGAUGAGCUGAAGUGUUUUCGCGUAGUACUAGGUAUGAAUUGUCUCCUGACUUGUCAUGCAAACAAAACAAUCAGCCGCAGCCGCUGUGCCAUCACUGUCGAUAAUUAUCAUUGGUAGGGGAUUUUGUUUGCAA